GAGACGAGAGUUGCGCCACAACCACAAGUCCACAACUUGCCGGAGGCUAAAAACCGCUUUCCACCUCUCGCCGUCACUCCACUGUCGGGUUUACCCAAAUCGUCGACAGUCGACACUAGCUGGUCGCAGCAGCCACAAUGGAUUCAUCUCCGUUUAAUCUGCUGCCUCAAGACACUCUCCACCAGAUCUUCACCCACCUGCCGCUUCGCGAUAUCUUCAUUUCCAGAUGUGUCUGCAAAUCAUUCAACGCCUCACUAUCUUCGCCGGCUUUCCUCCACCUAAUCGCCUCCAACCAACCACCGCUCUCCCUCCUCGCCCUCCGCCCCUCCCACCGCCACUCUAACGGCGGCGGAUCUUCAUCCCCUUCUCUCCACGUCUUCGACACCUCCCUUAACCACUGGUUCCGCUUCCCUCUAUCAUUCCUCCCCUUCCGUUCUCACCACCCCAUUACUUCCUCCCACGGACUUCUAUACCUUUGGGCCGAAAACCCUACCCCCAAUUCAGGCCUGCUCCCGGCGAACAGCACCAAAACCCUCAUCGUCUGCAACCCGCUGACCCGCGAUUUCAAGGUCCUCCCUCAGCUCGGCUCGGCUUGGUGCCGCCAUGGCUCCGUCCUGGUCGGCUCUCCAAAUCAAGUCCUCGUUCUCACUGAGCUCGCCGCGAUCUAUUUCAGCUCUGCAUCUGCUCCCGACAGCUGGCAGAAAUUUUCCUCCAACUUGCCGUCAAAGCCGCGUAGCCCAGUACUGAUCUCAGACACGAUUCUCGCUCUCUGCGACGUCGGAUCUCCCUGGCGAUCUCAGUGGAAGCUAUUCAAGUCAAGAAUUAAGGAUUUGCGGUUGACCCAGCAAUGGACCCGGUUAGAAAAGCACGAAUGGGGGGAUAUUUUCGACAUCCUGAAACGGCCCCGUUUGUUAGUGGGUGAGAACAGUAAGGUGUUAAUGAUUGGGGGGUUGAAGAUAUCUUACUCACUGCACAGCUCUUGCUCGACGAUUUUGAUUCUCAGGUUGGAUCUAGAGAGCCUGGAAUGGGAAGAGGCCGGGAGAAUGCCGGCUGAGAUGUUUAAGUAUUUCCAGGAUUCAACCAAGUUCAAGGUUUUUGGGGGUGGAAGCAGAGCUUGUUUCUCCGGGAAAAGGGUCGGAAGAUUAGCUCUUUGGGAGGAACGUGAGAACGGAGAAGCAGAUUGGCGGUGGAUCACUGGAGUUCCUGGCAAUGGCGAUGGACUUUACAGAGGGUUCAUGUUUCAAGCCACCCUCACUGAUUUGCCAUAGUGGUUGAGGCCAGUACACACUUACACAUUGCUGAAUGGUACUUUUAGAUAUGGCCAAUUGUUGUUGCAUUACUAUGUUUUUCUUUUUAAUCCUUUCCUGUUAACUAUUAAUAGUACUGAGAACUUCAGUUGUGUAUUUUUCCCUGUAAGUAUUAAUUUCUCUGAAGCCAUAAAAACAUGCAAUUUGUUUUUCAGGCAUUUGACUUGUUUGCUGUUGGUGUGUUUGUUCAAUCUUUGCGCUUUAGUGGUUGAUACUGCCAUACUGCAUCAAGUUAUUUAAGGUUUUAC